AUGGCUUUUCAUAUUUACAGCAUCAUCUCCAAAAGAAAAUCGCUAUGGGUCGAGUGGGUGUACUUGCACCAUUUACGCGAAAGAAGCUUAUGGGAUAUUCCGAUUCAGAAUAAUACUUGUUGGAGCUGGAGGAAGUUGCUUCAGAUUCGGCCGAUUGUCAGGAAUUUUUUUGUGUCGAAAAUUGGUAAUGGUGAGAGCACUUUCCUUUGGUACAACAAUUGGAGUGAACACUGCCCUUUAAGUUCUUAUGUUACCACUAGACAGAUGAACCGAGAGGGGUUGUCUAUUUACUCUAAAGUGGCGGAUGUGAUUCAAGAUAAUAGAUGGAUAUGGCCGGAUGCUUGGCGGGAUAUAUUUCCAAUUCUCUUUCAGCUUAAUCCGAUCACAAUAGAUCCACAUAAAGUAGAUACCAUUUUAUGGAAGAAACAGGGUGAUUCUAUGGAACCCUUCUCUACAAAGGUAGCGUGGGAUUCAAUUAGAAGAACAGGUCAACGGGUUGAUUGGUAUAAUAUGGUGUGGUCUUCGUUUACUAUACCAAGACAUUCGUUUCUUAUGUGGCUGAUUUGUAGGAGGAAGCUAGCUACUCAAGAUAGAAUUCAGCAAUGGUAUAACGCAAUGGGUAAUGCCAAUAUGAUGUGCUGUCUUUUGUGCAAUCGAGGAUUGGAAACACAUGAACACUUAUUUUUUGAGUGUCCUUACUCGAAUCAGAUUUGGGUUUCCCUUCGUAGGAAGAUGGAUAUGAAUCAGAUUGAUGGGAAUUGGGAGGAUGUGGUGACGUGGGUGCUCCCUCACGCUAAAUCUAAACGUCUCAUUUGGGUUAUUCGUAAACUUGAGAUAGCGGCGAUGGCUUACUUUGUAUGGCAGGAAAUAAACGCGAGAUUUUUCAAUAACCAGUUGCGACGCCUGAGAAGCUUGAAGAGCUAA